AUGCCGGCGGGUACGGAGCUGGAAGGUGGACUUCUGAAUCAUGAAGCACCACUCUGGACCAGCGACGAGCUUCACAACUCUGGUCUUCGAGCUCGACUUGACAUCGAUGGUGGCAAAGGGUGGGUUCCGGACACGACGGCGUUCUCGGUCGAAGGUGCGCAACCGGGAAUUGACAUAGAGUCAGUUUGCAAGACCGAUUGCCGUUUUUUCACAGCGGAUGACAGUUUAGUAGGUCUAGCAUCCGUCUGGAGCAUCCAAGCUAGAGCCGCCGCUGGCGUAGUGAACACCAAAGCUGUUUACCACACUGGGAUGGAAGUCCAUGUGGAAAGUGCAAAUCCUGACAUGUUACCCAAGUCCUGCUAUGUGAGUGUGCGCGUGGGCGAAGUGCUCAAGCAGGGCAGAUACGAACCUCAGAGAGCCUACACUUUCCCAGCAAUCGAUCGCCGGCGUGACGUGCGCGUCGACGUCUACCAGCACGUGGGUAGUUGCAUCCUGUCGGCCGAGCCGGACAGCGCUUCGAUUCACGAUGUCUUUGCCACCAGCACCCACCCGGAUUUCCCGGCCAUGAAGUUCAAGGAGGUCCAAAAGUCCAAGACCGAUAGGGCUGCCAAGAUGAAAGGGAGAGCCAAGGCACGGCAGCGCAACCACCCCACCAACAUUACAGCCUCGGAGACUGUCCAGAGUAUUUGGGAAAGCAUCGAAUCGAAGCUUCUCGGUGAUGCACAGACAUCUUGCAGCCCUGCCAUGAUGCAUGCAGAUCCCGUUGCCAGUCUCGCCUUGCUGAAGGACCCGGAUUCGGAGCAAGGGCUUUCCAAUGUUGAUCCUGUCGGAGAGCAGCCUGCUGAUGCUGUCGACUUCGUUUGCAAAUACUUGGCCGGCACAAAGAAAGACUCGGAGAAGGAGAAGCAGCUCCCACCCUUGGCCUCCGGCAGCACCAAGGCCGCCGGGACCCGGCCCCUGCAGAAGGAAAAGGAGCCGGAAAAGGUCGGCGAGGAAUCCUUUGUCACCAUCGACGGGACACCAGGGCCACCAGCUCCAAGCGAAGCUGAGGACCCACGGAACAGCGAUUUGCCAGCAGUGCGAUCGCAAGUUUGCCAGCUCCUCGUCGAGGCCGCGGAAAAUGGGCAGCUGGAGUCGGCUCUGAGGGACGCAAAGACCGACCCACAGGAGGGAGCAGCUAUGAAUGGAGUCCGAAUGAAGACCGCGAACCUUCUCAUGCAGGCGGCAGACAAUGGCGACCUGGAAGAGGCCAUACGUCAGAUCCAGGAAGGACCCCAGAACGAUCAAGUCCGUCUCAAGGUGGCCAACUUGCUUAUGACGGCUUCAGAAAACGGGGACCUGCACAAGGCUCUCACCGAGAUAAAGGAAAACAAAGCUGGCGACAAGAACAUGAGUAAGGAUGAGGCGCGUGAAAGAGCCGCCGGCUUGCUCAUCGAGGCUGCAGAGAACGGGACGUUGGAGCAGGCGUUGGCCGAGCUCAAGACCCCGACAGCCGACGAGCUCACCACGAGGGUUGCCAAGGCCCUUUUCGAUGCCAUGCAGAAUGGAGAGCUGGAGAAGGCCAUGGCAGGAAUGCCGACGGGCACGGCUCCGACCGAGCCUGCGCCUGAAAAUUCAUUUCAGCCCGCCGCAGAGGCGGAGACCCCAGCCACUUCGGACCCAACUCCAGCCGAUCCAGCUCCGGCUGACCCUGCUCCGGCUGAGCCGGAAAAGCCAUCCCAGCCCACAAAGGAGCUUGAGGGAAAGGCCGAAGUCGUAGAAGAAACCAACGCCUCCGGGAACGCAGCGUAA